AUGCGUAGUGGGUCAUGGCUCUGGGCCCUGUUAGGCGCCUCUUUUACAGAUGCUUUGUCUCUGGAGAAAAGAGAAAAGCCUGCUGUGUUCAAUGUGCCAUUGAGACACAAACAAGUCGCAAAGUCGGCUGCUAAGACCCAGUCAAAGAGGGAAAAUACAGUUCUUCUUCCAAUGGGCAAUGGCACACCACCGCAGAGCAUCGAUGUGGCAUUUCGGACGCUCGGCAAUGAAUGCUGGGUGCCCAAAACGACUUCGCGGGCUUGUGGUAUGCUUCGGGGCGAUAAAUAUUGCAGCGGCUCCGGUGGCUAUAACAAGAGCCUUUCUACGAGCGUGAAUGAUCUGCAUUCCAAUUUCACCCUGAGCGAGUCGAUUGAAUCAUUUUUAAGCAUCACCGGGGACUUUGUGACCGAUACUCUUGUCAUUGGAAACACAACCGUGAAGUCUAUGAAAAUCGGGAUUCUAAAUGUGGAUGCCACCCAUAACAUGCUCGGUCUGGGAUAUGGCGAAACGAACUCAUCUUUUGUCUCCCUUACUCAAGCAUUGGUUGAUGCUGGAAUCAUCAAAUCCCCGGCUUUUAGCAUGUAUAUGGAGAAUUCCCUACAUUCUGCAUCCUCGGGAGAUUUGCAGGAUAAGAAACCGGGCACUCUACUUUUUGGUGGUGUGAACAAAUCCAAAUACAACGGCACACUACACACACUUCCCAUCGUCAGCAACCCUACCGAUGAUAGAAAGACCUUCCGGGUCAACAUGACAAGCUUUUCCAUCAACAAGACAUCGGUGUUUCCCGAGGGGCUUCCGACACAAGCUCUACUUGACUCCUCGUUAUCUUAUACCUAUGUUCCAGAGUCCAUCGCACAGGAGCUGUCCUCUCAAUUGGGCACUGAGAUCCCAACGUUCGGCCCGACUCUUAUCCCGUGCAAUACAACUUCUAGUGAUACAACACUCACGUUCGGGUUUGGAGUUGCGAGUUUCAAGCUAGACAUCGGUCUAUUCAUCGAAACACAUAGCGUGCUCAAUGGCGAGGACAUCUGUUACCUGGGCAUUAGCACGAAAACCGAUACCAAGGAUGCGAACAGUGUUGUGCUUGGGGCAAAUUUCCUUCAACAGAUAUACACAGUCUAUGAUAUGGGAAAUGAUGAAGUCUCUUUGGCACAACGGGACUGGGACUCCAAUGAAGAUGAAAUUUUAGAAAUCACGACUGGCAAGAAUACAGUCACCGGGGCUACAUCGAAGCAAGAUGACGCAGAUGAUACAGACGCCAAAGAUGAUAGUGAGAAGAUGAAGUCCAUCGGCUUCCGCAUUGAUGAAAGUGUAAGCCUACAGCUCUCCCUUUACACCUUUGUGAUCUGGGCUCUCUUCUGUUUAUAA